AUGGGAAGACAGAAUACAACAAGUGUCACAGAGUUUAUCCUCAUGGGAUUUUCUAUUGAUGCAAAGAAUCAGAUGCUUCUCUUUGCCUUAGGACUAUCGGUCUAUCUAUUGACUUUGUCAGGGAAUCUGGCCAUCAUUGUAUUAAUUCGGGUGGACCAAAGCCUCCACACACCCAUGUACUUCCUUUUGGGAAAUCUCUCUUUUGUUGAGAUCUGCUACACUUCCACCACAGUCCCCAAGAUGCUGUGGGAUCUCUUGUUGGGAGACAAGAAAAUCUCCUUUGUAGGAUGUGCACUGCAGAUGUAUUUCUUUGUCACGUUGGGGGGCACAGAGUGUGUGCUUCUCUCAGCCAUGGCAUAUGACCGCUUUGCAGCUAUCUGCCACCCAUUGCGCUACACUCUGCUCAUGAGCCCACCAAUACGUAGGGGUCUGCUGGCAGUUUCAUGGGCUGUUGGCAACUUCAAUUCCAUGGUCAACACAGCAAUGGUCUUUUCCCUAAAUUUCUGCCACUCCCAUGAGAUUGACCACUUCUUCUGUGACAUACCUCCCCUUCUGCACAUCUCUUGUUCUGACACAUUUGUCAGCCAGCUCAUAACCUUCACCAUCUCUGGGUGUGUUAUCAUUGUGCCAUUCUGCCUGACCCUUCUAUCCUAUGCCUUGAUUGUCUCCUCGGUGCUCAAAAUCCGCACAGCUCAUGGUAGAAUCAAGGCAUUCUCCACCUGUGCUUCCCACCUCACUGUGGUGAGCAUCUUCUUUGGUACUAUCAUUUACACCUACAUACGGCCCUCCUCCACUCAUUCCAUGCAACAGGACCGCCUAGUUUCUGUGCUGUAUGCCAUCAUCACUCCCAUGCUCAACCCCCUGAUCUAUAGCUUCAGGAACAAGGAAGUGCAGGGAGCACUUCAGAGAGCACGUGGGAAGAACAGGUAA